UCCACUACAAAAAUUCAUCUCUCCCGCAUUUUUUUUAGCGCCUUUCUUAUUUGAUUUCUUAUUAUCGAGAAAAAGACUGAAAAGAUCUGGCGCGCUCCUUUUAUUCCUAUCUUCUUGAUCGCUCGCCGACUGGCACGGACUCGGUGUGCUUUCAUCUUUGUUGAACCGAGCUUUUCUGGAGAAUCGGGGUAUGGAUACAUCGAAACCUGCAAUUUUUGUCAAUGGAGGGCUGUUGCCCAUGCAUGUGCAGAAGAGGGUCCGAAUUGUCAUUCAAGUUCUUGGAUCUGAUCGUGGAGCUGUAAUUGGGAAAUCAACAGAUGAUCACCAGCUUACUGUCAAAGGCACCCCACCUUCUGUUCCUCUUACAAAUUUCGUUGAGGUUAUUGGCAUUGCUGACAGUGAAAAAUCCAUCCAAGCUGAAAUAUGGACCAACUUUGGCGACACAUUUGAUACAUAUUCCUACAACCAGCUUUGUCAGCUUGCAAAUGGUGAAUAUCAGCUCUUGUUCCUCUGAGGUGUAUUGGCUUUAUUUUUAUCGAGGCUUUUUGGUGCUUUUGGCCCCUGAUGUAACUAGGUGGUCGAUGUUUAUAAAUUCAGUCAGUUUUGCAGCUUUCGAUACAAUUUUGGAUAUUUCUUGAACCAAUAUUUUGGUCUUUGAGUUAACGAUCGGUAAGGUUGAGUGAUGCUUUGAGAAAAAACACAUCAUCAAAAUCA